CACGGAAGCCAGUGGUUUUAGCAGCGAAAGUAUAUAGCAUGUUAGUAUUCACACAGCAACUGUGAACAUGUCUAAAGGCGAGAUGUUAAGAGUGUUGGUGAACCAGCGCCUGACUGCGGCAGCUGAGGAGAUAUUUCGACUGUUUGAAACGACCAUAGCGGAGUAUGAGGAGGAACUUUGUCGUUCAAAGCUGGAGAACGAGCGACAGCGCAGAUUACUGGACGCUGUUCUGAAGCCUGAAGUUCGGUUACACCGAGCAGAUGUUCAGCAGGGCCCCGAGCUUCCCCAUAUUAAAGACGAACAGGAGCAACUGUGGAGCAGUCAGGAAGGAGAGCAGCUUCAAGGACCUGUCUCUUUGAAGAGUGAAGAUGAUGCAGAGGCAGCUCGGUCCUCACACCUUCAUCAAAGACAAACUGAGGAGGAGACAGGAGAGACAGAGCCUACAGCCAGCAGCUCAGCUCUACAGGUGGAAACAGAAGGUGAUGGACAGGGCCGUGAAGGAUCAGAGUCGAACGAUUCUGAUCCAGAGAACAGUAAUGAAGACUGGACAGAGACAAGAGAACCUCAGACAGAUUUAAAAUCACUGAAAAACAAUGGUGUUCCUGGAGAUGAUAAAAAAUGUAACAGUGGCAGGAAGUGUCUAAGCUGCUGUAGGUGUGGUAAAACAUUUGACCCCAAGGACCGUGGGCUGAGCCACAUGAGAAGUGCUUCAGGAGAGAAACCAUUCAUCUGCUCAGUUUGUGUUCCCAGAUCUGCACAGAACUCACAUUUAGUGUCAGUGAAGAGAACUCACUCAGGAGAAAAAACCUGCAUGUGUUUGAUCUGUAAGAAACAGUUCAACUAUAAAGGAGAUGCUGUGAGACACAUCAGAACUCACACAGGGGAGAAACCCUUCAGCUGCUCAGUCUGUGGUAAGAGAUUUGCACAGAGCACAGGUUUGGGGACUCACAUGAGAACCCACACAGGAGAGAGACCGUUCAGCUGCGCGUUCUGUCCUAAACGCUUCGUCCAAAGUGGAAUCCUGGCCAGACACAUGAGAGUUCAUACAGGAGAAAAGCCGUACAGCUGCUCAGUGUGUAACACCAGUUUCACACUCAGUCAGUCACUGUUGAAACACAUGAGGAUCCACACAGGAGAGAAACCAUUCAGCUGCUCCAUCUGUGAUAAAAGAUUCACACAGAAAGGACAUCUGACGCAACACAUGACACACCACACGGGGGAGAAGUCCUUCAGCUGCCGUGUCUGUGGGAGAAAAUUCACUCGACAGUCAAGUGUGAAAAAACACAAGUGUGUUCCUGAGAGCAGUGGAUGAAGCUACACGGCUGUCUGUGCACUAUAACACUCCAGCACAGAUAGUGAUUGAGGCAGGAACAACAUGAAUA